AUGGCCUUGAAAAAGGCGAACCUUCACGUAUGAAACUAUAUGAAGCCCCGAAAAUACUUUUCAAAGCAUUACCUGCACUGCAGUAAAAGCGUGACCAUCUUCUUGUCGUCUCCGGUUGACGAUCAACAACUCCAGCGCCAUGAAAACUAAAGCCACCUGGAUUUUGUAUGUUUUAAUUUGGAGCGUUCAUGCAAACGUUGAGAAUGACAUGCAAAUACAAAUUUGGAGCGUUCAUGUAAACGCUGAGAAUAACUCGCAAAUUCAAUCGAUUGAACAAGAUGCGGAAGACUGGAACACUGGAGAAGGUGGAGUCAAAUGGCAAUUUAACUGCGAUUUUUUUGGUAAUGAUAUUCGACGAUUGGCGAGUACGGGAGAACAAUGCGGUGGACAUUGCAUUGCAAAUACAAGGUGCUCCCAUUUUCAUUAUUCCGACGAUGGAUUCUGUUACUUAAAGAAUCCAUCCAUCGGGGUUUCCCGUACACCGCAUAGUGGUGGAGUAUGUGGGUUUCUUCCCUGGAGAUCAAAUGUUGGAAACGACUGGAGAAUUGGCGCCCGUGACGUCAAAUGGCAAAUAAAUUGCGAUUUUAACGGCAAUGACAUUCAUAAAAUCGCGAGUUCCGGAGAAGACUGCAGUAACAUUUGCAUCGCUAUGCGCCCAUGUACCCACUUUCGCUACUUUGACGGAUUUUGUUACAUGAAAGCGGCACCAAUAACAACUGUUCGCACACCAACCAACGGGGGAGUUUGCGGUUAUAUUCCCUGGAAAUUCGAUCCUGAUCGAGACCAUUGGAACCCCGGUGGGGAUGGAGUCAAGUGGCUUUUGAAUUGCGAUUUUUUCGGCCAUGAUAUCGGGAAAAUAGCGAGCACUGGAGAACUAUGUGGCGGCCUCUGCGUCGCUAACCCCGAGUGUAAUCAUUUCCGUCUUCACGAAGGAUUUUGCUAUUUGAAGAAAGCUCCUUUAUCGACUCCCCGGACACCCAUCAACAGCGGCAUGUGUGGCUUUGUUCCUUACAGGAAUUUUAACGAUUCCAUAGCCACUUGUCCCAAAAUUGACGAUUUACCGUCAGAAUGCCGUCCAAUCAAAGACUGUGCUGUUUGGUACGAUCAGAUUCUAACUAUUCCGGGAACAGCGUGUAAACUAUCAGAUGGAAAUCCAGGAGCUUGCUGUCCAGAUCUUCCUACAAAUAGUUACGGGCCGCCUCUGCGAACAAAAUUCGGUAGAAUUGGUAAAAAAUAUGGUUUCAAUUACAACAUUAACACGCCAUCGAUGAACCAAGCAGCCGAGGCGAGUCGAUUACAAAUGAGUUCAAUGGGCGAGAUUGAAAAACGACUCACUCAAAAUAACAUUCUAGUUUUACCUGGUUCGUCUCGUGCUAUUCACGCACUUGUUUUUGCAACAACUGCAGAAGCUGAAAAAAUCAGCCGAGAGGCAAUCAUCGGAGCUUAUACAGCCAGUGAAAUUGUCAAAAGAUUUAAUAUUAAACCUGAGAAUGUUGCGCUGGCAUUGAACCAAUUUAAUUUGAAGGACACAAUUUUAUCUGAGAUGUGCCCCACGGAUUCCGUUUGUAAUCAAACAACAAUCGACUCUCGUUACCGAACGCUGGAAGGGUCGUGCAAUAAUAUCCAGCAUUCAUCCUGGGGCAGGUCGCUCACACCAUUCCAGCGUCUUGCUCCCUCUGCUUAUGCUGAUGGUGUCCGUGUGCCUCGACGUGCCAAAAGUGGUCGUGAACUUCCCAGUGCACGUUUGAUUUCUACCACCGUCACUCGCGACGUGGACGCCCCCAGCGAGACGGACACGACAUGGGUUAUGCAAUAUGGUCAAUUCCUUGAUCACGACUUUACGAGAACUCCUGAGUUCAGAAUGGCUAAUUCCAGUACAAUCCCAUGUUGCAUGCCAAACGGAGGAUUCAUUGACAAGAAUCUCGUCCACCCCGAGUGUUUUCCCAUUGAGAUCCCGCGAGGCGAUACUUUUUUCUCCAGGUUUGGACAGCGUUGCAUGCCCUUGGUCCGUUCAGCUCCAGGACGGAGACCCGAUUGCAGCUUAGGUUGUGCCGAGCAGAUGAACCAGUUCACCCACUAUUUGGAUCAAUCGAAUGUCUACGGAUCUGAUGAUAAAUUAGCCAACGAACUGCGUACGUUUCAAGAAGGCAAAUUAAAAGUGACUCGCCGAAGUGAUUUGGAUUUACUCCCAGCCGAUGACGAGUCCAAAAUGUCCUGUGCGUUAUCCAAACGAGUUUCAGGAAUUGAUCCACCAAGCGACGUCAAAUGCUUCAAAGCAGGUGACUCGCCUCGUGUUAACGAACAUCCCAAUUUAGCUGUCACGCACAUCGUCUUUUUACGGGAACACAAUCGUCUAGCUGAAGAACUCGCCCGUCUCAAUUCGCACUGGGAUGAUGAGCGUCUUUAUCAGGAAGCCAAGCGGAUAUUGACUGCGCAAAUGCAGCACAUUACCUAUAACGAAUGGGUUCCUAUUAUUAUCGGAAGGGAGAAAAUGCAACAGCUCGGUUUAUUGCCAUUACAGCGAGGCUUUAGCCAAGAUUACGAUUCCAAUUUGAAUCCCACAAUUUUUAACGAAUUUGCUGGAGCUGCUUUCCGAUUCGGCCACACUCUAAUUCAAGGAAGGCACCAUUUAACGAACGCAAGGGGAACAAAGGAAAGAGACAUUUUAUUACGUCAACAUUUUUUCAAAACGCAAGAGAUUUACACGCCCGGAAAUCUCGACAAGUUUCUUAUCGGAUUGGCUACCCAACCCGGUCAAAAACCUGAACAUUAUUUCAGCAAAGAGCUUACUAAUCAUUUAUUUGAAGAGGAAGGCAAGGGCUUCGGUUUAGAUUUGGUUUCGUUAAACAUUCAACGCGGUCGCGAUCACGGUAUACCUGGUUACAAUGCAUAUCGAUCCAUGUGUGAACUAAGCGCUGCGAAUAAUUUUAACGAUCUUUGUGAUCUAAUUCCCUCCUCGAUCGUUGACCGUUUCGAGAGGUUGUACGAGUCGGUGGAUGAUAUCGAUCUGUUUAUCGGAAGCAUUUCUGAACGAUUAGCUAAGGGAGCUGUGGUAGGUCCCACGUUUCAGUGUCUGAUUGGUGAACAGUUUUUAAGGCUAAAACGUGGUGAUCGCUACUUCUACGAUCUUGCUGGCCAGUCUGGUUCAUUUACUGAAGAACAAUUAAAUGAGAUCCGGCGAACUAGCUUUGCUCGUCUCGUCUGCGACAACAGCAAUGUCCGCUCUAUUCAGCCAUUAAUCUUCAAAUCCAAGACUGCCGUAAAUCCUAUCGUGGAUUGCGAGUCAUCUUCAAUACCGCGGGUCAAUCUCCGUCCUUGGCAAGAAGUUUAAAAGAACAUCCUAAACUGCAAAACGGAAAUAACGCAAUUCCUUUUGGGUGUAGUCUUUUUUAGUAUUCAUUUAAUACAAGCCGCAAAUUUUGAAAAAUA